CACUUUAGGGCUUCUCGAUCACCAGGGGCGGGUUGGGUUACACCCCCCUUUCCUGUUUCUUCUUCGUUCGGUUUGAGAUAUUUGUUCUGCGGCGGCGGCGGUACUUGGAGGGUUCUGGGCGGCGACGAGGGCGAGGAAGUGUUCGGAAUCGGGAUCUCUAUCUUCCUUUCUGUCUAUCUUCAUGGCUUCUGCGGAUAUCGAAUACCGUUGCUUCGUCGGUGGCCUCGCCUGGGCCACCGAUGACAGGGGUCUGGAGGAAGCCUUCAGUUCCUUUGGGGAGGUCAUCGAAUCCAAGGUCAUCAGCGACCGGGAGACGGGCCGCUCCAGGGGCUUUGGCUUUGUCACCUUCCGUGAAGAGCAAGCCAUGCGCGAUGCCAUUGAGGGGAUGAACGGGAAGGAGCUGCACGGAGAUAUCACCGUCAACGAGGCCCAGCCUCGUGGCGGCAACGGUGGUGGUGGCGGAGGCGGCGGCGGUUUCCGCAGCGGUAACGGCGGUGGCGGCAACGGCGGCGGCUACGGCAGGAGGGGUGGUGGCAACGGAGGCUACGGUGGAGGAGGCUACGGUGGAGGAGGCUAUGGUGGGGGCAGCCGCCGUAGCGAAGGCGGAGGCUACGGCAGCCGCGGAGGCGGUGGCCGCUAUGGCGGCUCCGAAGGAGGUGAUCGCUACCCAAGAGGCGGUGGUGCUUCCGAUGGAAACUGGAGAAACUAGGGUUUACUUUAUUUGUUAGGUUAGGGGUCCGCUUCCGUCCGUUCUUGCUCGUCCGAUCGUCCGUCCGUCCGUCUGCCGUUGACUUUAAUUGUUAUGCUAUUAGGCUACUGGUGCUUGUCUGGUUUUUGAUACUCUGGUUGUGAUUGCAUGCCUGGAAACUGUUUCAAUGAGUAAUAUGUCUGCGCGUUUGCUUUUUU